UGUAAAAAAAUAGAUGAAAAGAAGUAAUUUGACAGAAAUAAAAUCAAUCAAGAAUUGCAUAAUCAUUUAUUCCGCAUUCGUCAUUGUGUGGAUUAAGCGACAAGAAAACGAUUGAACUUCAAUUGGUUUUAAUAUUUUAAUCAACAAUGGCUAAAGUGUUAACUCUAUUGACGACAAUUCGAAAUAAUUGGAAAAAAUCCGUGCUGGGAAUUGCGGCCUUUUCAUAUGGGAUUUCAUAUGGUAAACAAACGUACGAUACAGAACAAUUGAUGCGCCAAUGUUGCGAAAAUGUAGCCAAGUAUGGAGAUAGUUCUUGCCCUACAAAUAUCAGGCCACGUCAUGUGACUGUUGUUUUAAAUCCAGCUGCUAAGAAAAGAAAGGCUAAAAAAUUAUUCCAGAAGUAUUGCGAACCUCUGUUGCAUUUAGCUGGCAUUUCAGUAACAAUUAUCGAUACACAAUCAGGAAGUCAUGCACGUAACGUAAUAAUGAAUCUGGAAGUGCCUACCGACGCGAUUAUUGUAGGAGGAGGAGAUGGUACUUUAUCAGAUGUUAUAACUGGUUUGAUGAGAAAGUACAAGAACAGUCUCCAUUCAGUCAGACAAUGUCCUAUUGGCAUUUUGCCAUUAGGAAGCAGAAAUACAAUUGCAAGCAUAUUUUAUCGAGAAUAUACAGAUUUAACUGAUAUACACCACAUGAUUGAUGCGACAAUGGCAAUUAUUAAGAAUAAUUUUAAGUCAAUAGAUGCUAUUGAGAUUAAAUUGUUGAAAGAUGAUCCAGAUAAUCCUAUAAAACCGAUUUAUGCUGUCGAUGGCAUAGAGUGGGGAGCUUGGAGCGAUACACACGCACGUAUUGACAAAUAUUGGUACUGGGGUCCUUUACGCAAAUAUGCAGCUUAUUUGUUCAAUGGUUACAAAUCAAACUUAAACUGGAAAUGCAAUGCACUAAUGAAAUAUACAAAUCCUUGCAAAGGGUGUUCAUGUUGCUAUUCCAAAAAUUCUUACAAUCAAUCUUCGAAUUUAAAUAAAAGAUGGUGGCAUGCAUUUCUUCCAAAGAGGCAAAUAUUUACUCUUGAUAAUCCUGUUGAUUACAGUAAAGUAAUAAAUGUAGAUUGUGGCAUAUUUCAUGAGAUGCCUAUUUCGACGACUGAAUUAUGUAUAAAAACGGAUAACAUAAAUGUGCCAGUCCAAUCUACGCCUUCGUUAAAAAUAACGCUAGGCCCAGAAAAUAUUAGUUAUGCCACAUUUGUCGAAAAAGGAUGGAAAAAAGAAAUAAACAAUGAACUGCCAAUAAACUCAGUAUUAGAUGCAAAGACUAUUGAAUUACAUCCUGAGACAAAUGGAGAUCGGAUGUUUUAUAUUGACCAUGAAGAGUAUGAAUUGAAACCAAUUCAAAUAAGAUUACUUCCACAAUCUAUAACAAUUUUCUAUCCUGAGUUAAACAACUAAUAAAACAAUUCAAAGUUAUUUUAUGAGCAUUUAAUUUACUAUAAUAAUCAUUAUUUAAAAAUGAAAAAAAUAGGAUGUGAUAAAACACUGUUAAACCAAAUGUUAUGUAAAAAAGUCAUUUAAUAUAUUUUAUUUUUAUAUAAAAAAAUAAUUUAUCGCCGUGUACAAAAAAUAUCUCAACUAUAACAAUUUUUGUACAAUACAUUUAUCAUCUACUGUAAUAUAACGCUUGUAUUAAAAAUUUGCGUCAGAUUGUGUUUAUCUUACAACUAUAUAAAUCUCGUCUUAAAUCUUAAAAAUUACGCAAGAUAUAUUGCGACUCGCUUUAUUUCUUUUCAUGUAUCCUUUAUCAUGUUAUAAAUUGGCAUAAAAAUUCUUUCAUAA